AUGAAUCAACAACUUCCAACCGUCGAUAUACGUUUGUCUAAUCCAAAACCUCGCACACUGGUUCUUUGCUUUGAUGGCACCACCAAUGUUUACGACAACACCAACACGAAUGUUGUGAAAUUAUUUUCCUUGCUCAAGCGAGACAGACGAGACGAACAGAUGGUCUACUAUCAACCGGGGAUUGGAACAUACGCGCCACCGGGGAUAUUCCUUCCUUUAACGAUGGCGUUGGCCAAAAUCGCCGAUCAAGGGAUUGCAUUAUAUUUGGACAAACAUGUUAUGGGAGGCUACCAAUUCCUGAUGAAGCACUACAGCGAGGGUGAUAGAAUAUGUCUGUUUGGGUUUUCGCGAGGGGCGUACACGGCGCGGGCAUUGGCAGGAAUGCUACACAAGGUCGGGCUCCUACCACCAGAUAACGUGGAACAAAUAUCAUUUGCCUACCAAAUGUAUAAACGGACUGACCUUGCCGGAUACACUGAAUCUGUCGGAUUUAAGAAAACUUUCAGUCGCGAAGUUAAGAUUGAGUUCAUGGGUGUUUGGGAUACGGUGUCUAGCGUUGGAUUACUAUGGCCCCGACACUUACCUUUCACUUCUUCCAAUUCUAUUGUGAAAACGUUCCGACAUGCUGUUUCGUUGGAUGAACGUCGUGCCAAGUUCAAGCAGAAUGUUUGGCAUGUGGAUUCCCCAACUCCUCAUCGUGACCCCGAACAAGGGUCGCCUUGUACAAACCUCAAACAACCACGGGCACCUUCGCCGACUCUGGUUCGAUCCCCCGCUACUACACUCCCAUAUCCUUCCAAAGGCAAUAAGCCCAAGUCCAAGAAGGGCGAUGCCAACACUGCUGUUGCAGUCGCAACCUUAUCCCUCCAAGGUGGUGCUGAGAAUAACGCCUCAGAUGCUGGGGAUCAGCCUCCGUUGCAAAACAGGCAGAUUCAAACUGAUUUACGCAACUUCUUCCCUGAAGUCCAGUCCCCAGGUGUACAUGAAGAGAAUCGAGGAGGCCCCGCUGAUGAAUCGUGGCACUCUCGUGAACCCACCCGAGUAAAGGGAACCAGACCUGACUCGGGAGUGGAUGGGUUGGACAUUGAGAGUACGGAAGCCACCGCUAAAAUCAGCGGGAAAGCUCCUCAGACACUCCUCACUAUCAAGUCCGAUGUUAACCUGGCAUCAGCUCUGCAAUCUGGAGUUGGCGUCGCAGCUAGUAUUGGAGUAGCAGGGGAAAAAUGCGAACCUGACGACAAAGAGUCGAAUGGCAUCAUGAGUUGGCUCCGAUCGAGGGGAAAGCCGAAGAAACAGUCCACGCACUUGAGUGGUGGAGGCAAGUUUGAGGCGGCUAUCGAACAGCAGAUUUCCGAUGGCGAGAAUACCAACGAGCAAGAAACUGAUGUUCUCGAGGUCUGGUUUGCAGGCUGCCACAGCGAUGUGGGUGGAGGCGAGGAGCGCAACGACGCGGAAUAUUCAUUGUCAAACAUCUCUCUUCGUUGGAUGGUUCGCCAAAUUAUACUUUCCCAAUGUGGCAUUCAAUUCAAUAACGACGCGCUCCGAGAAAUGAAGAUUCCGCUUCCUACACUUAGAUUUGACAAAAGUAAUCCUCUCACACUUUACAGCUCCCCAGCGGACUCCGCAAUCAUUGAAGAAGCUCAGAAGCAAGAGCGGCGAGACGCGCUUGCGCCGCUUCAUGAUGCGUUACGAAACCCACUUUGGUGGUCACUAGAGUUCUUCCCCCUGGUUCAUUCUUACCAGACGAGGAAGGAAAUUGGCAUCUCGAAUAGAUGGAAUCUAUUUAGUCCUCGUCAUGCUCGCAAAACUCUCAAGGUUGUCAAGGUUCAUCAGUCCGUAAAGUAUCGCAUGGAGCAAAUGGAGAAGGAAAUGGGGAAGUCAUAUAAGCCACGAGCCCUGAUUGAUGGCUUUGAAGAAGGGCAUAUUGAAUGGGUUGAUUGA